AUGAGUUUUGAUACUGCUAAUGAUGCCAACUUCUGGAGUAACGGGUCCUCGGAGCUGUACGCAGAGACACCAGGACUGUUGUCUGCAAAUAAUUCCAACUUGACCACAGCGAAUUACACAGACACGAAUCCUCUGGACCUUACCAGAGCCGUGUCAGUUGGUAUGGUUCUGGGCGCUUUCAUUUUGUUCGCAAUCGUGGGCAACAUACUCGUAAUACUUUCCGUUGUGUGCAACAGACACCUACGUAUCCCAACGAACUAUUUCAUUAUCAACCUAGCCAUUGCGGACCUGUUGCUGGGUACCACAGUGCUGCCCGUGUCCGCAACACUGGAGAUUCUCGACUACUGGGUAUUCGGAAGGAUCUUCUGUGACAUCUGGGCAGCAGUGGACGUGUUAUGUUGCACGGCCUCCAUCAUGAGCCUGUGCGUAAUAUCCAUAGACCGUUAUAUAGGCGUGCGCUACCCACUGCAGUACCCCUGUAUAGUAACGGAGAAAAGAGCCAUUUUGGCCAUGCUCGGUGUGUGGGUUCUCGCCACUGUCAUCUCCAUCGGACCUCUACUCGGGUGGAAACAACCACCCUCAAAUGAUGACACCGUUUGCCCCAUCACCGAAGAGCCCUUUUACGCACUCUUCUCCUCCCUCGGUUCAUUUUACAUACCUCUGGCUGUCAUCCUGUGCAUGUACUGCCAGGUGUAUGUAGUUGCCAAACGGACCACUAAGAACUUGGAGGCGGGGGUCAUGAAAGAACGCAUGGACUCGAAUGAGCUCACACUCAGGAUCCACUGCAAAAACGCACAGCUGCAAGAAUACUGCGUCACGGGCAAAGGCCAGGCGCGGAGCACACUGACGGUGAAACUGCUCAAGUUCUCCCGGGAGAAGAAAGCUGCUAAAACUCUGGGUGUGGUGGUGGGCAUGUUUAUUCUCUGCUGGCUGCCAUUCUUCCUCGUGCUGCCCAUCGGGUCGUUUAACGCCGACCUGCGUCCCUCGGAGACGUUCUUCAAGGUGAUCUUCUGGCUGGGCUACUUCAACAGCUGCCUCAACCCCAUCAUCUACCCUUGCUACAGCCGAGAGUUCAAGCAGGCCUUCAUACGUAUCCUUAAGUGCCGCUGCCAUCAGAAGAAGAAGCAGAAGGGUUGGAGGGCCUACUACAACCAACGUUCCUCUCGCCUGGGCUCCACCAAUACCUCCUACCUGAACGGAAGUCAGCAGACCCUGUCCUCCAUCAACCCCAGCCCUCGCUGUGUCAGCAAAGGGACCGGCUCUCGCCUAGAGCCUGGGUUUGACCUCAACUCCCCAUCCCCCUGCACAUCUCUGCCUGGGAGCCCCUUCACUGGCCAGACGAGGGCCCUCCCUGGGGCUGUCUACCAGAGCGCCAGCAGAAACAACAGAGUCCACCUGGUCUCUCCCCUGGCCAGGGAGCCAGUUCAUGCCAAUGGACAGAGUAGGAAUGGAGAGGUGGAGCAUGGAUCAAUCAGGGCAACAUCUGACACAAUUAUGUAA